AGGCUAAGUCAUAUGAAAGUAGAGACAUUGUGACUUUGGGUUUAACAGUGAGUUGGCAAUGAAGGGAGAAAAGAAUGAGAGGUCCAAACUCAUCUCCCCCCCUGAGGAGAAUGGAGUCCAUACAAACAAGUUCAGCGCCAUCUCUCCUCCUGCCUCACCUGUGGCCGAGAACGAUGAAUUCUCCACAUACUUUGAAGACAAAGUGCCCAUUCCUGAAGAUGUCAACCAGGUGUUCAGUUUCCGUAAACUCUGGGCCUUCACUGGACCAGGCUUUUUGAUGAGCAUUGCUUACUUGGAUCCAGGGAACAUCGAGUCUGACCUGCAGUCUGGAGCUGUAGCUGGUUUUAAGCUGCUAUGGGUGCUCCUUGUAGCCACCAUCAUUGGGCUGCUGUUGCAGAGGUUAGCUGCUCGCCUCGGGGUUGUCACAGGGUUGCACUUGGCUGAUGUCUGCUACAGCCAGUAUAGGUGAUUUCCGCGGAUCAUCCUUUGGUUGAUGAUUGAACUGGCAAUUAUUGGCUCAGACAUGCAGGAGGUCAUUGGCUGUGCGAUAGCUCUCAACCUUCUCUCUAUGGGCAGGAUCCCACUGUGGGGAGGAGUCCUCAUCACUAUCACAGACACAUUUGUCUUCCUCUUUUUAGACAAAUAUGGCCUGAGGAAACUUGAGGCUUUUUUUGGCUUUCUCAUCACUGUAAUGGCUUUAAGCUUUGGUUACGAGUAUGUGCUGGUAAAUCCAAACCAAGGGGAUGUACUGAAGGGGAUGUUCAUGCCCUACUGUGCUGGCUGUGGGCCUGCACAGCUGCAGCAGGCAGUGGGAAUCGUAGGUGCUGUCAUCAUGCCACACAACAUUUAUCUGCACUCAGCGCUGGUCAAGUCUCGAGAAAUCGAUCGCAAAAACAAGAAGGCGAUUAAAGAGGCCAACAAGUACUACUUCAUCGAGUCAUCGCUUGCUCUCUUUGUCUCCUUUCUCAUCAACGUCUUCGUAGUAGCUGUCUUUGCUCAGGCCUUCUACAAUAAAACCAAUAUUGAAGUGAAUAGUGAGUGCAAUGCAACUGGCAGCCCUCACACUGAUCUUUUCCCUCUCAACAACGACACACUUCAGGUGGACAUCUACAAAGGGGGGGUGGUCCUGGGCUGCUUCUUUGGUCAGGCAGCCCUCUACAUCUGGGCCAUCGGGAUCCUGGCAGCUGGACAGAGCUCCACCAUGACAGGCACUUACUCAGGCCAGUUUGUCAUGGAGGGUUUCCUGAACCUCCGGUGGUCCCGUUUUGCACGGGUGGUCCUAACCCGCUCCAUCGCCAUCACACCUACCCUGCUGGUGGCCAUUUUUCAAGAUGUUCAGCAUCUGACAGGGAUGAACGACUUCCUCAACGUGCUUCAGAGCAUGCAGCUUCCAUUUGCUUUGAUCCCCAUUCUGACCUUCACCAGCCUGACGUCCAUAAUGAAUGACUUUGCAAACGGAUUGGGGUGGAAGAUAUCCGGCGGCAUCGUCAUCCUGGUGGUUUGUGCAAUCAAUAUGUACUUUGUGGUGGUUUACGUGACGUCGCUGAACAGUGUGCUAUUCUACGUUCUCGCUGCUCUCCUCUCCGUAGCGUAUCUGUGCUUUAUAGUUUACCUGGCAUGGCACUGUCUGAUUGCUCUGGGGGUUUCCUGCCUGGACUUUGGCAGCAGGGUAAGAAGACAACCCGCUCUGCUCAUAGAGGAGUAGUAAGAGUACGACUCCUAGAGCUGAACAAGACAGUAACCGCCAGCAUUCCUCUUUCCUCUUGGAGAACCUGAGCCCUGUACACAACCAGGACUUUUCAAGAUCAUGUAGGAUCUGUCAGUGUCACAUGUUAUUCUGUGUAGGGCUGGGUAUCAGGUCCCCAACCAAACGUAUUAAUACUCCACCAGCACAGUAUUAGUGGCCUUCAUACAAAUCAAUAAUUGUUAAAAUCCUCAAAGAUGACGACCGCAUUUACCUUUGCUUGUAAAGUGUGACAUGAGUGAUUUAUACAGCAACUCGGUAAUUCACCUAACUACCGUAAAAUCUGGACUAUAAGCCGCUACUUUUUUCACAAGCUUUGAACUUUGCGGCUUAAACAAUGAUGCGGCUAAUUUAUGGAUUUUUACGGGCUAACGACCUUCAUGCCUCAUGCCGCCAAUACAUUUAGCCUCGUCACAUCAGACCAAUGAAAUUACCGAACAGGUCACAGUGGACCAAUGAAACUGUUCGAA